AUGAAGAAGCUGCUGCGUUGGAGAGGCCUAUGUGGCAAGGAAAUGUGGUCCUCGGUCCAACAGACUUGGAUGAACCAAGUCCUGCAGACAACCACCCAGAGAGCUGGGGAGCGGAUCUUGUCCCAGCGGAACCUCUGUUACAAGUUCAUGGGCAACCUUGGAGCCAACACCUCGAUCGCAGUCUAUGUAAGAGGAACCCUGGAGCUAUACUUCUCCUGGGCAGAAGUCUUGCCCUUCCUUGCCACUGUAGACCGGGAUUUAGAGCUUAGAGCUUCCAGACAGACAGCUGGGGGUGGGGUGGGGGGGCGCGGCAGGGGGAACAUCUCUCCAAAGAGAGGAACAGCAGCGAGCUGCAGAGAUUUCUGGAGGCAUAGUUUUGAGAGGUGCCCAAAGGACAGUCUGGAGCGUCCCAACCUUCUUCAGCAGUGUUGGGCAAAUGAAAGUGGGGUUUUGGAAACCAGCAUCCCGUGGGUGUCCGGCGCCUGUCCCUGCUGGCGUCACCGCGUGGCCCCUGCGUCGCUGGCUUCCUGUUACCUGGAUCUCAUCCACCCUGUUCUCUGUGAAGACAAAAUGUGCACUGAACCAACAGCAUGUUUGGAGUGGUGUCUUAUAAGAUUUCAAAAGCCUCUGUCUGUGGUCACCAAACGGGCAUUCGUGGUGGGCAUUCGAACUCUCAGCUUGAACCUAACAUUACAGAGAUGGGGAACCGAGGACCCACUGGAUGCCCUCAAGCUACUGGCAUCUCCGCUUGAAUGUGCAGAAAUGGUACAGGCCAGUCUGACUCUGCUGGGACUUGCUCCUAAGCUGAGGGGCCACAGCUGCCACCGACCAAACGUUGUCUUGAUGUCUCUUCAGCUGCAGGCUAGUGGCUCGGGGAGGCCCCGCUGGCCUGGCAGAGGAAGGUCGUGGCCUUAG